AUGUCGUCCUCCAACCGCCCUUCCGGCCUCAUUGCCAACAGCGGCAUCGAGCUACUCACUUGGGGUACGCCAAACGGCCAUAAAGCCUCGAUAAUACUCGAGGAGCUGAAAGAGGCGUACGGAAAGGAUUAUGUUUUCCAGGGCAUCAACAUCUCGGAGAACAUUCAGAAGGAGCCUUGGUUCACGAAGCUGGGACCCAAUGGUCGUAUCCCAGUCGUCGUGGAUCAUGACCAGGGCGGCUUUCCUGUCCAGGAGGGAGCUGCCAUCCUCGCAUACCUCACUCGGCACUAUGACCCAGAACACAAAUUCAGUUUUACCGACCCCUUGGACCUAAGCCGCGCGGAACAAUGGAUUGCCUGGCAGCACGGCGGCCUUGGGCCGAUGCAAGGCCAAGCCAACCACUUCUACCGUCUAGCGAAGGAGCGCAUCCCGUAUCCCACCCAGCGCUACGUCGGCGAGACGGAGCGCCUCUACGGCACCCUCGACUCGCAUCUCAAGGACCGUGACUACAUCGUCGGCGAAGGCAGGGGGAAGUACAGCAUUGCGGACAUUGCAAACUUCAGUUGGGUCAACGUGGCAUAUUUCGCUGGCGUGAAGCUGAGCGACUUCCCCAAUCUGGAGGAGUGGUGGGCGAGGGUCAAUGAGAGGCCAGCGGUAAAGAAGGGCACGAGUGUGCCGAGCGAGAGCCAGAUUGUCAAUGCGGCGUAUCUGAGGCGGCUGAAAGAUGAGCCGGAGUUCAAGCAGCAGGAGGAGGAACUGGCGGAGCUGUUGAAGAAGGCGAAGGAGCAGUAUAAUUAUAAGUAUAGCUCGCCUUAA